CUGCGGCGGGAAGAACCACCUGGAGGUGGCGGGGGGGGUUUGAUUUCCAUCACCCCUAGGGAGAGAGGAUCGGGGACCCGCUGAUCUUCCAGCUCCCCUCACCCAACAUCGUGCACGUUGCAGAGAGGCCUUUUUGUCCUUGAUGAACACUCACGUGGUAGGCAGAUGACUGUCCUUCACCCCGAGCUGCUCUAGGUGCCCAGGACGCUGUCCAGCAAAGAAAGGAUGGAUUCCAAAGAUGAAAGCUCACACGUGUGGCCUCCGGCUGCAGAGCAUGAGGAGAAUGCCGCACAGGUGCAUUUUGUUCCAGACGCUGGAACUGUGGCCCAGAUUGUCUACACCGAUGACCAGGUCCGUCCACCACAGCAGGUGGUGUACACGGCAGAUGGUGCCUCUUACGCGUCAGUGGAUGGUCCGGAGCACACGCUGGUCUACAUCCAUCCCGUGGAAGCUGCGCAGACGCUGUUUACAGACCCAGGCCAGGUAGCUUAUGUCCAACAGGAUGCUACAGCUCAGCAGGCCUCGUUGCCGGUGCACAGCCAGGUGCUACCUUCGCUUGAGGGUGUGGGUGGCACGGACCCUUUGGCGACCCUGCAGAGCCCCAUGGCCAGACUGGAGGCCAAGGACGAGGAGGACUCAGAGGACUCGGAGGAGGAGGAGGAGGACGGCGGAGACACAGACCUGGACGACUGGGAGCCUGACCCCCCUCGGCCCUUCGACCCGCACGACCUGUGGUGUGAGGAGUGCAAUAACGCACACCCGUCCGUGUGCCCGAAGCACGGCCCCCUGCAUCCGAUCCCCAACCGGCCGGUGCUGACCCGCGCGCGGGCCAGCCUCCCCCUGGUGCUGUACAUCGACAGGUUCCUGGGCGGUGUGUUCUCCAAAAGGCGUAUCCCCAAGCGCACCCAGUUCGGCCCCGUGGAGGGGCCGCUGGUCAGGGAGUCGGAGCUGAAGGACUGUUACAUCCACCUCAAGGUUUCUCUUGAUAAAGGUGACAGAAAAGACAGGGAUUUGCACGAAGACCUGUGGUUUGAGUUGUCUGACGAGACCCUUUGUAACUGGAUGAUGUUCGUGCGCCCGGCCCAGAAUCACCUGGAGCAGAACCUGGUGGCUUACCAGUAUGGCCACCACGUGUACUACACAACAAUCAAGAAUGUGGAGCCCAAGCAAGAGCUUAAGGUGUGGUAUGCUGCUUCCUAUGCCGAGUUUGUGAACCGGAAGAUUCAUGACAUUUCCGAGGAAGAAAGGAAAGUUCUUCGAGAGCAAGAGAAGAAUUGGCCCUGCUACGAAUGUAACCGCCGAUUUAUAAGCUCAGAGCAGCUGCAGCAGCAUCUCAAUUCGCAUGAUGAGAAACUGGAUGUGUUUAGCAGAACAAGAGGCAGAGGAAGGGGGCGAGGCAAGAGGCGGUUUGGCCCAGGUCGGCGGCCGGGACGCCCUCCCAAAUUUAUCCGCUUGGAAAUAACCAGUGAAAAUGGGGAAAAGUGUGAUGAUGGGACACAGGACUUGCUGCAUUUUCCCACCAAGGAGCAGUUCGAUGAGGCUGAACCUGCAACUCUGAAUGGGCUGGACCAACCAGAGCAGCCCGCGCUCGCAGUCCCUCAGCUGCCACCGGAAGCCCAGUCUUCUCUGGAGCACGAGACGGAAACGCACGAGCUGCACCUGCAGCCCCAGCACGAGGAGAGCGUGCUGCCAGCCCAGAGCACCCUGACGGCCGACGACAUGCGCAGGGCCAAACGCAUCCGGAAUGCAGCUCUUCAGCAUCUGUUUAUUCGGAAGUCUUUCCGGCCUUUUAAAUGUUUGCAGUGUGGGAAGGCCUUCCGUGAAAAGGACAAACUGGACCAACACUUGCGCUUCCAUGGGCGGGAGGGGAGCUGCCCACUGACCUGUGACCUCUGUAACAAGGGCUUCAUCAGCAGUGCGUCCUUGGAGAGCCACAUGAAGCUCCACUCGGACCAGAAGACUUACUCUUGCAUUUUUUGCCCAGAAUCCUUUGACCGCCUUGAUUUGUUGAAAGAUCACGUGGCCAUUCAUAUCAGUGAUGGCUACUUCACCUGCCCAACUUGUAAGAAACGGUUCCCAGAUUUUAUCCAGGUGAAAAAACACGUGCGAAGCUUCCACUCGGAAAAGAUCUACCAGUGUACGGAGUGCGACAAGGCCUUCUGCCGCCCCGACAAGCUGCGGCUGCAUAUGCUCCGGCACUCAGACCGUAAGGACUUCCUGUGUUCUACGUGUGGGAAGCAGUUUAAGCGAAAAGACAAACUACGGGAACACAUGCAGAGGAUGCACAACCCUGAGAGGGAGGCCAAGAAAGCUGACCGCAUCAGCCGCUCCAAGACGUUCAAGCCGCGCAUCACGUCCACUGACUACGACAGCUUCACGUUCAAGUGCCGCCUGUGCAUGAUGGGCUUCCGGAGACGAGGCAUGCUGGUAAAUCACUUAUCAAAGAGGCACCCAGACAUGAAGAUAGAAGAGGUGCCAGAGUUAACUCUACCCAUCAUAAAGCCCAACCGUGACUACUUUUGUCAGUAUUGUGAUAAGGUUUAUAAAAGUGCCAGUAAGCGAAAAGCCCAUAUUCUGAAGAACCAUCCUGGGGCUGAGCUCCCACCAAGCAUUCGGAAACUUCGUCCCGCCGGCCCUGGAGAACCAGACCCCAUGCUGAGCACCCACACCCAGCUCACGGGCACUAUAGCUACCCCGCCCGUGUGCUGCCCUCACUGCUCCAAACAGUACAGCAGCAAGACCAAGAUGGUACAGCACAUUCGAAAGAAGCAUCCGGAGUACGCCCAGCUACCCAACACCAUACACACGCCUCUGACAACAGCCGUGAUCAGUGCGGCUCCAGCUGUUUUAACUACAGACAGUGCUACCGGAGAGACGGUGGUGACAACAGACUUGCUAACCCAGGCUAUGACGGAACUGUCCCAGACCUUAACGACGGAUUACCGAACGCCGCAAGGGGACUACCAGAGAAUCCAGUACAUUCCCGUGUCGCAGUCUACAUCUGGGCUACAGCAGCCUCAGCACAUACAGCUUCAAGUGGUGCAGGUGGCCCCGGCCACUUCCCCUCACCAGUCCCAGCAGUCCACGGUGGACGUCGCCCAGCUCCACGACCCUCAGACCUACACACAGCAUGCCAUCCAGGUGCAACACAUCCAGGUCACGGAGCCCCCCGCCCCGGCCGCGCCCGCCUCCCAGGUGGCAGGGCAGCCGCUGAGCCCCUCCCCGCAGCAGUCUCAGCAGGGGCUCAGCCCCUCCCAGGUUGCAGGCAGCUCCUCGCAGGGCCAGGCCCUCCAGCAGCAGCCCCAGAGCACCACGGUCCAGCACACGUACCUCCCCAAUGCCUGGAAUUCCUUCCGUGGCUACUCAUCGGAGAUUCAGAUGAUGACGCUCCCUCCGGGUCAGUUUGUGAUUACAGACAGUGGCGUGGCAACUCCGGUCACCACUGGCCAAGUGAAGGCGGUGACUCCAGGUCAUUAUGUGCUAUCAGAAAGUCAAUCAGAAUUGGAGGAAAAGCAAGCUUCUGCUCUCACUGGUGGAGUCCAGGUUCAGCCAACUGCACAUGGUGACUUGGACCCCCAGACCACCAGCCAACAGCCCACCCAGUACAUCAUUACAACCACCACCAACGGGAAUGGGAGCAGCGAAGUGCACAUCACUAAACCUUAACUUCCAUCCUUGAGCCAGAAUCAAACAGUCACAUCAUGUCUUUUCUUAUUCAUAUGUCUGGAACAUCUGGAAGCUUCUGACACUUAGAACUCUUUUUUAAGAUUUAUCACUCAAGAGUUUGGAAGUCACAGUUUUGACGCUUAUACAUACACUGGGGCUUAUUUUAUCAAGGUCAUCUUUACCAAAUGGACUCUUCAAACCCUAGGAGUUUCUGCCAAGGAAUGGAGAUCUUUCAGGGGAAAGUAGAUUUCAAGACAGAGAAACCUUGCCUUGCUCUUGAGUUGGUUUUUUAACCCAUAGAUAAGCCUUACUUUUCCUUUGUGGAAAUAUUAAGCAGUGUAUUGUGUUUGUACCAAAGGUGGAUAAAGGAUGUGCCAAGUCCAUGGCCACUGGACUUGUUGAUUCCAAGCCAUGGCACCAAAGGCGAAGGUGCAUUUUAUGGGCGUGUGUUAGGUCAUAACUGCUUCAUCUUGUGAGUUUGCAUUCUCAGUAACUUAACAAAGGGAGCCCAUUGAAUAUGAAAAUUAAAAUGAUGAAGCAAAGGUUUCAUCAGUGAUGGUCUGAAGGAAAAACUGUUACCUAAAUUUUUCUUAUUGCUGAUUUUUUAAAAACUUGCCUUUUUUGGAAAACCGUUGUUGGGCUAUUGGUAGUGCUUUCCACAGACCCUGGCCCUCA